AUUCACUAUAUCUGGUCUCCCACAGUACACACUACAUGGAAAUGCAAUUAUUUUAGUAAAUAUAAACUGUUAAAUACCUUUUCUCGUCAGCUGUUGGAGCAGUCUUCAGAGCACUGUAGGAGUUUUCUUUCUGCUCUAGGUGGAUGCAGAACCCCUGAUCUCUGUCUGGACAGUGCUGAUUGGCCCUGUGCUGAUCACAUGCACUCUCCCAAGAAAAAAAAAACCUUUCUAGUAAAAAGCACCAAACUGAGCAUGUGCAGCGUGUCUCCACAUGAUAUGUCUUAUCAGGAUAUAAGAGGGGGACACUGGAAGAAGUCGAGAAUCAGAGAAGUCAGCAUCAAACAGCAUUUUUACACAAUGCGGAGGAUUAACCCCUUAGGUUCCACAGUGAGUAUAACAAGCAUGCUUAAUUGCAUAUACAAACUGAUUUUACUGUUGUGGGUUUAG